AUGAAAUCCAAAAAUACUUUAGAAAAUUAUGUAAUUGAUGUUUUAUUUACCAAUAGUUUAACUAUAAUACAUUGUAAUCCAUAUGAACGUCAUAUUAUACGUGAUAUAACAAUAGAAAAAGUGGGAUAUAUUAAAUGUUCAAAUAGAAAUUUAUUUUUACCAGAAGAUCAUGUUGGAUCUAUUACAUUACUACAAUGGAAUGGCACAGUUGUAAAAUGUGAGAAGAACAAAAAUAUCAUAAAAGAAGAAAAAACUUAUCUUAAUAUAAUACAUAAAGCUAAAGAUGCAUUUAAAAAAAAUCCACUAGUAUUAACACGUGUCGGUUCAGUAGAUUCCAGUAAAUAUCAUUGUGAUGAUAACAAAGCUGAAAUAGAUUUUAAACAUCCAAUAGGUACUUCAGAACCACCAACAGUAGCUGAAUUCGAAAAAUCAUUCAAUAAAAUACCAAAUAAUGUUAAUUGGGAGGAAGAUCCUACGGCAGAUCUCUAUAUUAAUAAAACACCCAAAGAAAAAUCAUCUAUGAAUAAAUUCUAUAUUUUUGGUAUUGUUAUUAUUGUAUUAAUAAUUAUCAUUGUUAUUAGUAUUAUCAUAUAUUUUCAUUGUUGUCAAUCUGAUUCAAAUGAACACAAUAGAAAAAUUCUACAUGUUGACAGUGAUACUUCGAUUGGAUCAAACAUUUCAUAA